AUGGCACCUGAUACCCGAACAACCUGCUUCGAUGCUCGACUGCUCCGUGGCCUUGUAGGUACUGAGGUCACCACAUAUGACCUUGCCUCGGAUGGAGCGUCACCAGAUUAUACCCCCCUCGCCCCUUCCACCGAGCCCUCUUGCGUUACGACCUCUGCUUUGGCGGCUUCUCCAAUGACAGUCAUGUCUGCCUCGUCAGGGAUCUCCCGAACGUGGGUCAUCACGGAGAAACUCUCGGAGAGGGCAGCCCCUCUGGCAGAUCACGAUGUCAAGAUGGGCCGCGGGUCAGCUAAGACUGUUGGCAAGUUUCUGUGCCACCUUGCGGAGGACCCAAAUCAGAUAGCGUUUAUGCGAAUCUACCAACAGAUUCCUAUCACUGGAACGGAAGACGCUGAUCACGACAUAUUGGCUAGACAGGCCGUUCCUCCUGGAGUGUGUGGCGAGCUAGAGUCCUUCAAACUAUUGCAGACUGGGCGUUGUAACGCUGUUCCUCGCUUUCUUGGCCACGCAGAAAGUACACAAGGGGACGAUGACCUCGUUCCUGGCGGCUACAUUAGAUACCUUGUGUGGGAAAAGGUCCCCGGGGAGCCCCUGACAAAGGAAUUCUUCUGGAGCUUGGAUGACACGGCACGCAAAGAUAUCCGUUCCAAGUUCCGUGUGGCCUAUGAGUAA